AUGACAGUGUUGGCUGAAAAUGACAUUAAAGAAUAGGUCGUUUAAUUAACAUCAGAUAAUUUCAAAUCUAUCGUUUUGGAUUCAAAACAAGAUGUUUUAGUGAAAUUCCAUCUACCCUGGUGCAGUCUUUGCAAAAAUAUGGAUGAAAUAUACAAAGCUUUAGCAAAAAUAUACGCAUAUAGUGAGUAUGUGGUGAUAGCUGAGAUGGAUUGGACUAAACAUAAGACUGACUUAGUAGAAGUUAAGGGAUUCCCCACUUUAUUAUUCUAUAAAAAAAAAGGAGGAAAACUUGAAAUAAUUAAAUACUAAAGAGAUCGUACACUAAAAGAUUUGAAAGAGUUCAUCAAGGAGAAAUAAAGUUUUUAAAUAGAAGAUCUAUGA